CAGAGGGAUGCGGGCGGCAGAGCGCGAGAGGCGGCUGUUAGGCUGCAGGGCGCUUUGACUCGCUCUCCACCCUGCCUCUUUGGGCUCCUCUCUGGUCCCUGGACUCCGGUUUCUUCCUGCUCCCCGGGCUUCUCAGAGCCCCCCUCCUUAUGGCAGCAGCUUCCCGCGUCUCCGGCGCAGCUUCUCAGAGGAGGACCCUCUCGCUCCUGGGGCUGAGCCGGGUCACUGGAUGUUGCUGAAACUCAGGAGAUCAUGCGCGGGUUUGGCUGCUGCGUCCCCGUCGGGUGUCACUGCCACCGCCGCUGCCUGUGCUGCCGCCGUCCGCGGGAUGCUCAGUAGCCCGCUGGCCGGCCCCCGCGAUCCUGUGUUCUUGGGAAGCCGUUUGCUGCUGCAGAGUUGCGCGAACUAGUCAUGGUGCUGUGGGAGUCCCCGCGGCAGUGCAGCAGCUGGACACUUUGCGAGGGCUUUUGCUGGCUGCUGCUGCUGCCGGUGAUGCUACUCAUCGUAGCCCGCCCGGUGAAGCUCGCCGCUUUCCCUACCUCCUUAAGUGACUGCCAAACGCCCACCGGCUGGAACUGCUCUGGUUAUGAUGAUAGAGAAAAUGAUCUCUUCCUCUGUGACACGAACACCUGUAAAUUUGAUGGGGAAUGUUUAAGAAUUGGAGACACUGUGACUUGCGUCUGUCAGUUCAAGUGCAACAAUGAUUAUGUGCCUGUCUGUGGUUCCAAUGGGGAGAGCUACCAGAAUGAGUGUUAUCUGCGACAGGCUGCAUGCAAACAGCAGAGUGAGAUACUUGUGGUGUCUGAAGGAUCAUGUGCCACAGAUGCUGGAUCAGGAUCUGGAGAUGGAGUCCAUGAAGGAUCAGGAGAAACCAGUCAAAAGGAGACAUCCACCUGUGACAUCUGCCAGUUUGGUGCAGAAUGUGAUGAAGAUGCCGAGGAUGUCUGGUGUGUGUGCAACAUUGACUGUUCUCAAACCAACUUCAAUCCCCUCUGUGCUUCUGAUGGGAAAUCUUAUGAUAAUGCAUGUCAAAUCAAAGAAGCAUCAUGUCAGAAACAAGAGAAAAUUGAAGUCAUGUCGUUGGGUCGAUGUGAAGAUAACACAACUACAACUACUAAAUCUGAAGAUGGGCAUUAUGCAAGAACAGAUUAUGCAGAGAAUGCUAACAAAUUAGAAGAAAGUGCCAGAGAACACCACAUUCCUUGCCCAGAACACUACAGUGGCUUCUGCAUGCACGGAAAGUGCGAACAUUCUAUCAAUAUGCAGGAGCCAUCUUGCAGGUGUGAUGCUGGUUAUACUGGGCAACACUGUGAAAAAAAGGACUACAGUGUUCUCUAUGUUGUUCCCGGCCCUGUACGAUUUCAGUAUGUCUUAAUCGCCGCUGUGAUUGGAACCAUUCAGAUUGCUGUCAUCUGCGUGGUGGUCCUUUGCAUCACAAGGACCAAACUUUAGCUAAUAGCACUGGACUAAGAUUUGUAAACUUUCCAACCUUCUAGGAAAUGCCCCAGAAGCAACAGAAUUCACAGACAGAAGCAAAAUACAGGGCACUACAGUUCAGACAACACAACAAGAGCGUCUACGAGGUUAAUCUAAAGGGAGCAUGUUGCACAGUGGCCGGACUACCGAGAACUUGGACUACACUAUACAGUAUUAUAGACAAAAGAAUAAGACAAGAGAUCUACACAUGUUGCCUUGCAUUUGUGGUAAUCUACACCAAUGAAAACAUGUACUACAGCUAUAUUUGAUUAUGUAUGGAUAUAUUUGAAAUAGUAUACAUUGUCUUGAUGUUUUUUCUGUAAUGUAAAUAAACUAUUUAUAUCACACAAUAUAGUUUUUUCUUUCCCAUGUAUUUGUUAUAUAUAAUAAAUACUCAGUGAUGAGAAAAAAUUGGCAUUCUUAAAUUUGCGGUAUCUCAUAACUAUAAAUAUAAUCAAGCUAGAACAAUCUGUACAGGUUCCAGUAUUUUUCUCCAUAUCUAUAGGAGAGCAUUAGUUUAUACAGGACUCAGUGGCUAGGUUUUGAGCGAUUCCAAGAUCAAGGGAAAUGAUGGUUAUUGGAAAAGAGAAAAAAUAAUUUACUUUAUAUGAGUGAGGAUAAAAUAUUUCAGAUCUUUGAAUCAUCUCUAUUUCAUCAACUUUCUUCCCUUGUCUUCCAUUUUCAUCCCCAGAGCAGAAAAAUCUCUGGCAUAUAAAUUAAAUCAAAGGAGAAGGGAAAGAAAAGUGUUUUAUAACUCAUAAAGAAGAGGGAAAGAAAGAUAUUGGUUUUUAUUUUGGAAACAUCAUAGAAUCUUCCAGUUAAGUGCAUAUCUAAAAGGUACUGAACAAGUUACAUAUUAGGUAUACACAGAGCACAAAAUCUAUUCCAUUUUGAUAAGUGGAAAUAACAACUAAGGGGGGAAACUUAAUAAUAUCAUUAAAUGUUGAGGGAAAAAAAUGUUGAGAAACACCAAAAUCAUGAGUUCUCAAAACACCUUGCUGUAUUUAUAAUGUAUAGUUCUUAAAAAAAAAAAGUUAAAAUCAUAACCAAAUAUCUUAUAAAUAACCUUAUGAUUCAUAUUAUAGUAGACUAGUACAGGACCAUUAUUUGAAAUGAAAUUAACAUGAUACAACAGAAAUAUGUUUGAAUCAUAUUUUUAUAAGAAAGAAAGUUAAUCCUACAACAGCAUAGAAAGUUGGUAUAAAUCAUUCUUUGCUUUGAGCUUACAAAUUGGUAUAACCACUUUGUUUAGAAAAAGUAAACUGAAAAAUGUUGAAGAAUAAGAUUGAAUCCACAAAUCAUUAAAUGUCUUAUCACUAUAUAUAGUUCAUAGAUUCUCGUUGUUAAUAUGGUAAAUCUAAAUAGAGCCCUCUUUGUCUCCUUCA